AUGCAGCAAGAAGCUCGGAAUACAGAAACCCAUCAGCGAGCAUGGUCAGACAGCAACCUUCGACAUAAAUCCGUCCACUUUGUGAGCGCGGGAAGCCUGGAACCGACAUUGGAACCGACACUAGAACAAGCAAACGAGGAGCAGGCAAAAUCAGACACGGACCGGGAAAACCUAAAUACCGACAAAUUAUCGGACAAAAAGGCUGAUCCCGAAGUUCCGUUCUUCUUUGACUCACAGGGACAAGGGGUUGUUCGUACUGAGCACUCGGACCCAGUACUGCAGUCGAGCUUAUCGGACAUAGACGACUCGAGUGAGGAUGAGGUUGUGUUCACUGGCCGCAGGAGGAACACAGUACCCGUUCUCCUCGAAAUACACCAGAACGAGAUUCAGCAAAUUUCGCGGACGACUACUGUCGCAGUUGUGCAGAAAUCACACACACUGACAUUGAACCCUAUGCUCCGGGAUCCUUCGCCUGCCGCUAUCACUACAGACAAUCUUAAAUCCAACACGGAGAGACCAGACUGGCCACUGGAAGAAGAGAUAGACCCAAUAGCCGACUAUAUUGCCAAUAUCGACAAUGACUACCACGAGGAAGUGACAUCCGGUGCAAGGAUUGACCUAGAAGGUGGCAUUGACGUCGAAAAAGCCUCAACGCAACUCGACCUGUCAGCCUCGAGCCCCACAAGCUCUAAAAUUGGAUCACCAAGAUCAUUAGCUCAAAUGCAAAUCGACACCGAACCUGAUUCAAUUCCACUAAGCAAAGAUGACGAGGAUGAUAUGGUCACAUCUGGAUCAGGCGAUGACACUCUUGAAGGCUUUGUGCUGCUUGAGGACCCGGUAAACGGAUAUCUUGGGUACACCAAGAAGGGUUCCCGUUAUGGAAAGCCUUCAUUUCCAUCAGCGUCGGCUUUUGCGGAUGCCAUUGAGUCUGAUCCAUAUUUCGGGUUUGACAUAAUGGACUUUGAUCGGUCAAGUCUACGGAAACAACCCAAGGGCAAACAGUCUAUCUCCGACCUGGUACUAUCCGACAGUGAAUUCGAAAUCGAGCUACAGGAGGAGGCCUGGCAGAACGACAGGACCAAAAAGAGGAUACGGAAGAAAGAGCGGGCAGAGCUCCGGGCGCAAGGAUUGCUGGGCAGGAAAGUAGGGAACGCAGACCUCAAGGUCAAGUACCCUAAGGAAAUGAACAUGGAGGAAUUUAUGACCGAGAUUCGCUCAUUCCUUAUAUCUCCUAAAAAUUGCCUGUCCUUGCCGCCCAUGACCAAGCAACGCAGAAAGCUGAUACAUGAAUUGGCCAAUGCGCUGAAUCUGAAAUCACAGUCACGCGGCCAUGGACUUUCUCGCUUCCCAGUUCUCAACAAGACGACGCGCACUCCGCGAUACACACCAAAGACUAUAUCCAACGUUGACGAUCUGUUAUCUGGGAGGAGGUUCAACCGUCGGUUGUUCAAAUCAUGGGGCACGGAAGUGCCGAAAUUCCCCCAAACCAAGCGUGGAAAGUCCGGUGCUACUUCAUACAUGGAUGGUGAUGUGGUUGGCGCCUCUGCUCCUGAAAUUGGAGCUGAAAACCGAGGGCGGGCUAUGCUGGAGAAAAUGGGAUGGAGUACAGGUACUGCUCUGGGUGCUGCUGACAACAAGGGAAUCUUGCAGCCUGUCGCGCAGGUCGUAAAGAACUCACGGGCUGGGUUAGGUUAG